AUGUAUGUUUUUCUAUAUCCUAAAUAUUUCACUACCAAGCUCAAUGGCUUGCUGUCUAGUUUUGAUGGGUUGGCUUUGAGGAUCAUCGCAAGAUCAGUUGGGUCAACUGGUGGAAGUCCUUGUACAUAUAAGCCUUUUCUUCAUGAUUUCCCUAUUUUCCUUGUUUGGUGGAACUCUUUGCUCUGUAGUGCAACUUCUGGAUAUGAUGAGCCUUUACUUCUUAUCUUGACGGUCUUCACUAUGUGGCAUAUUUGGAAGGUGCGAAAUAGGUAUAUAUUUGAUCAGGUUUAUCCAGAUAUUAUCAUUGUUGUUCAUCUCAUUUCGCUUGAUUACUCCGAAGAAAAGAGAAGAAAUAAGAAGAAGAUCAAAAUGUUAUGUGGUUUCAUCAUGAGGGAGCUAUUGUUUGUUGAUGAAUCUGGAUUCAAUGAGGGCUCCAAUUGGCUUCUAAAAAGGACAGGUAAUUUUGAAAAUUCUUAUGAACCAGGUGAUAUAAUUGAAAAUUCUGGACAGUCAGGCUAUUGGCUGCGAGAACGUCAAAAAGCAUCAAAUAAUCAAGAAAUUUCACGGACGCUUGAACAGUCAGCUACCCUCUCCAUGUCAAGCCCAACAGCUCCGGGUCAAAUUCCCGGUAAGAGUUCUUCCCUACCCGAAAUGAAUCGGUACGACCACCCAGGCCUCGCCGCCGAUACGUUUUCUGAUCAUCUCCUUCGAAAUGGCUCCUUUAUCGACGGUAGCAAUAAGUUCUCGACCAGCGGGCAUACCACAGUCAAAUCAAACGGAGAUAGUUACCAAGCGGCUCCGCACUCUUCUAGUUCAGCAAAUGCCGUGGAGACGGAGACGCCAACGCCGAAGCAGCCUAAAUCGAGGAGAAAAGUACCGGUGACUAUGUCGCCGGGCGCGUCUGAAUCGGCGAAUUGGUUGCCGCCGGGAUGGUUAGUUGAAGAUAGGGUUAGGACCUCCGGUGCAACGGCUGGCACAGUAGAUAAGUAUUACAUUGAGCCUGUAACAGGCCGCAAAUUCAGGUCCAAGAAAGAGGUGCAGUAUUAUCUUGAAACAGGAACCUUGAAGAAGAAAAAAAGAGUAACAGAGAAUUCUGAAGAUGAUGUCAACCCUCCAGAGGGUACCGGGAGUCACAAGAAGGCUAGCAAGAAUGCAAAGCGUCCUGAAAUUAAGUUUGAUUAUUUGAAUGUGCCUGAUAGGAUUGAAUGGGUUCUUACAGAUGCAAAUGGAGAUGUCUGGACUCCCUUCGUUGGAGGGAAAAAGGUGGCUGAAUAUGAGAAGCAAAAUUGGGAAUUUGAGAUGCUUCAUUCACAUCACUAACGGCUAAAGCUUUGUUGAAACAAUGUUUUGAAGCCUUUCAAAAUCCUGCCUCCUGAAUCAUCAAAUGGCUGUCUCACACAGGCCAAUCAAAGGUCUUAUCUCUUUUUAUUUUUUUAAACUUGUUCUAUAUUUUUGUGCUCAAAAAAUGGAUAUGUACACCAAUUCUAAAUGACACCUACUGAAUAACCAUUUAGCAUGUUGUCUCCUGAAAUUUUGGCUGUAGGGCUUUUAUUUCUUUUGUGUGUCUCUCAGGGAUAUACAUAGGCAUCGUCUUCCAGUGGAUGUUUUCUAAUUAUGAUUUUCGAAAGGAAAUACAGAUAAUAUGAUGUUA